AUGCAGAGUACUCGUCACUUUCAACUGUUGGAGGAAUCCAAGCUGAGUGGAACCCAUUUCGAAAUUGUUUAUGGCAAAAGAUUCCUGGAUGCGCCCGAGAGAAGGCUACUUGUUCUGGACUCCUCCUUCAACCCUCCUCAUUUUGGGCACUGUGAGCUAAUAGAACGAGCUGUGGAGCACUAUAAAUCAGAGCAGCUGCACGUGCUACUGCUUCUAUCUGUUAACAACGCUGAUAAAGCGGCAAAACCGGCUACCUUUGAUAAGCGGCUUUAUAUGAUGUCGAUUCUUGCGGAACUUCUAUCAAAAAGUAUUGAUUCCUCCGUUGGACUUACAACGCACGCGCGAUUCAUAGAAAAGACAGGUGCCAUCCGUAAGCACGGCUUUCAUGUGGGUCCAAUUACGUACUUGAUGGGGUUUGAUACUCUUAUCAGGUUCUUUGAUCCAAGGUACUAUCAGCCUAGCACUUUGAUUGAAGCAUUAUCUGAAUUCAUGCAACAUACAGAACUGUUCUGCCUCACGAGGGAAGACGGGGCUGGUCCGGAGAAUCAGGCCACAUACUGUGCCACGCUCGCAACUGGGGGCUUUGAGCCGCACAUGCCAAGAAACUGGGCUUCACAUAUAUUUAUUGAUAGCAGGGCGGGGAAGUAUUACGGUCUAUCAUCAACUAAAGUUAGAAAUCUCAUAGCCCAGCCCCGUGCGCUGUCGGAUUUGGUUCCAAAGGAGAUUUUGGAUUAUAUAUGCAUUGCUGGUGGCCCAAAAAUAUUUACUGAGUAG